UUAAUCGUAGUCCUUCGAGUUCAUCGAGCCUACUUGCCCUCCUACUAUCCACCUCGAAUCCAACAACAUGCCUUCCCCGUCACCAAUCGAGGCCCCGGAGCAUGUGCUCCAGCUUUUGUCCCAGCUCCACAAGAUUUCUUUGGAGCAGGAAGCCGCUAUUUCCAAAACCGGCAAGGUCAUGUCCUCGGACGUCCUAGACGACUUGGAGGGUAAACAACCAGAUCGCGCCCCUAAAAGUGAAUUCGACACACUUAUGCUUGACAAAUUCAUUGCCCUCGACGAGGACAAAUGCCACUUUGUGUACCAGCUGAUCAAUGCCACUGGGGCUACGAACGUUGUCGAGGCAGGGACUAGUUUCGGAGUUAGCACGAUCUACCUGGCGCUGGCCGUUGCUAAGACUAAAGCUGCGACUGGAAAGCCUGGAAAGGUCAUUGGGACAGAGAAAGAGAUACAAAAGGCAGAGACUGCGAGGAAGUACUGGAAGCAGUGUGGAGAGGUGGUGGAGAGAGAGAUUGAUCUAAGAGUAGGAGAUCUGCUUGAGACCCUAAAGGAGGAUCUGCCCGAAGUAGACCUGCUGCUCCUUGAUAUAUGGUCGGCGCUCGCACUCCCAACACUCAAGACGGUGCUGCCCAAGCUUAGGUACGGCGCCGUGGUUCUCGCGGACAACACCACCUCAGGCGCGAAAGGCUACGCAGACCUGCUAGCAUACCUGCGAGCGCCAGAAAAUGGCUUUCACAACACGACUCUACCGUACACCAACGGCUUUGAGAUGAGUGUGUAUCUGCCCAAAAGCAAGUAGCGAAAGUAAAGAGAUCCUCUCAUGAUAAUGCUUUGCCCCUCUCUGGCAGCGGCAUCCCUGCAGGUGCUGCAUAAGGGUGUGGAGAUCAGAUUCGCGAGUAAUAUAGACAUGUGGGCCACCCAAGCCCAUAUACAUCAUCAUUGUCUUGCAC